ACAAAUAAAGCACUCGAGAGAAUUUGACUUCUACGUCGAUAAUGUACCAUCUUGUUUUUAUUACGGUGGUCGCUGGUUAUCGAUAUUGACGGGUUUUUGAGAAGCAGUUUUAAAAUUCUCAUUGGAAAAGUUUGGAGGUUUAAAUGCUUGGCGGUUGGCAUUUGGGUAAAUGGAAUCCAUGUCACAUAAUUUUUGGGGUUCAGGGUCUGUCCAGGAUAGCCUUAAACAGGCUACAAAAAGAGCUUAUUGAAUGGCAGUCUAACCCCCCCGCUGGAUUUAAGCACAAAGCAACCGACAAUUUGCAGAGGUGGAUUAUUGAAGUGACAGGCGCACCAGGGACCCUUUAUGACAAUGAAGUCUUUCAGCUUCAGGUGGAUUUUCCUGAGCAUUACCCAAUGGAAGCUCCACAGGUUAUUUUUCUCCAGCCAACUCCUAUGCAUGCCCACAUUUACAGCAACGGCCACAUUUGUCUAGAUAUUCUUUACGACUCCUGGUCACCAGCCAUGACUGUAGGUUCCAUCUGCAUGAGCAUCCUCUCAAUGUUGUCAAGUGCUACUGCCAAGCAAAGGCCACCAGAUAAUGACCGUUACGUAAAAAAUUGCAGAAAUGGUAGGUCACCUAAAGAUACUCAGUGGUGGUUCCAUGAUGAUAAGGUGUAAUAGGUGUACUGUGAAUGCUAGCUCAUAAAUGUAUGGGUCAUCAGGGUGUUCUACUCAAGUCCUCUAGAGUACAACACUUUUUAGCAUUAUUUGCAAAUGCAUUUAGUCUCAGAAAAAAACUGUUUGUAAGCGGUUAUGCUUGUGAAUGAUCAUCGAAUACUGGUUGAUUGGUAGAGGUAUCUACUUUCAAGUAAAGAACUUAAUAUUUUUUACUUGAUACUACCUGUGGUAAAAUAUAUCAAUGCAUAUUAUUUCUGCCUUUAUGGCAACCAGGUUUUUUAACAUGCAUCUUUAGUAUUUAUGAUGAAAUUGGAUAUAGGCUUCUUUCCCCAAGUUUUGUAUAGUUUUCCGAGACUUGCAAAUGAUAUGUACUUCGAGAUCAUGUAUAUAAAAGAUACUCUAUUAAUAAGACCGAUAUUUACUGGGCUUUCUUGAUUUAAA